UUUGUCCGACUUAACACUAAUUGUCCAGCGGAGGAGGACUAGGAGUGCUGUGCUAUACUUUGCUCUGGUUAUGGCAACUUUCCUUGUUGUUGUUGUUGUUGUUGUGUGUGGUUAUCUAAACAACUUCCCAGUCCGUUUUCCGAUAAGUCACCAAUAAGUGUUAGAGUGUCUGAAUGAGCGUUAGCCUUCAGACUGCGAACCUCCGGAUCGUCAAGGCAGCGAAUGGAGUCGAACUGCAUCUGGCUCUUCAUUUAAUCGGAGGGGGAAAAUGAGGAAAGAACAAGAUCCUGGUUCUGAUCGUUUUGAACCGCGAUGGGGUGUUUACAAAAGGAGACAAGAGGAUAAUGACACCCUGCUAGCACGAGAAGACGCGUGAAGACCACAAAGCCACACACCUUGUGACGCUCCUGUUUUAUUGCUGAUCAAUUCUGAACACUCGAUUACGUGGAUUUUUUUCUUCCUGUCAGUCUUUUUGCGAGAAGAUCCCUGAUGCAUUCCCUAAUGGAGGACUGAGGGUGAGCUGACAUUUGCCCCAGCCCCACCCCCACCCCCUCCCAACAUGCUGGCUCUGAGGCUGGAGCAGGGCAGGCAAGGGGGUGGCGAGGUUGACCGCCUGCAGAAAGGGCCCACUGCGGCCUGGCAGGGCCGGCAGUCAGGGAGGCCCCCUUCUCACGAGCAGAGCACCAACAUCAGGGAGAAGAUCUCCCAGUGGGAAGGGCGCAGUCAGCAGCGCGGCUGCCAGGAUGUGGCAGUGAAAGCACACCCUCCGACUGUAUCCCGAACCCUGUCCGCGGACCUCCUGCGCAACGGAUGUUCCGACGAGGUCUCACGAGGGGGGCUGAAUGCGAAUGCCAACCUCUCGAACGCCAAGAGGAGCUUGGGCUUAGAUUUUCGGGAAUCCCCGGCACAAGCUGGGCAUGGCGUGGUCGGUAGGAAGUCGGAUCCUCUGCGGAAAGGCUCCGCUGAAUUUUCAACCACGUCCCCAGGACAUAAACCACUUGCAGCGCAAAUAUUUGUAUCUCCCAAAGUGGAGUCUAACACCGCUAAGUCUACUAUUAAACACACCUUCACCCCCAACGGCGACCAAACAACGGAUCGCAUCUUUGACGUUGAAGUGAUUUCCACACCUCUACCUCCGUCAGCCGACGACCAAGACGACAACAUGCCCGCCGGCAACUUCUACACUUCGCGGGGUUUCUGGCGUAAGCUCGAGGGAGACAGGCUGCUCUGGGAGAAGGGCAGGGAGUCUCCAGGUGAAGCUCAGCCUCCUGCCAAACCUCAGCGCACGUUCCAGUACCGGGGAGCCAACGACAACAUCUCGGGGCACACGGUGCGACGGGACAGAAGAUCUCCUCAUAACAAGCACCACAGCGUGGGGAGCAGGAGAGUAGCCCACCCACCCAGCUUCCCUCCGCCUCCGUGUCCGGUUGCAAGGGCCGAUGGGCUUUCGAGGCAUAAAAAGAACAGGAAGUCCUUUGAGUAUGAGGAUGCAGCCCGUCUGACGGCGAAGCAAGGCACGCCGGGAGGCGAGGCGCGGCGCUCGGGCCUCUACCAUGCCUACUCUGAAGACAGCAUUUACGAGGACAUUGUCUGUGAAGUGGACAGAGAUAACCCCUAUGAGGAUGUCAGGCUGUCUCCUGCGUGUCCACCCACUGCAAGGCCUCAAGGCCCAAAGCUGCCUCCUAAACCCCAAACGCUGCAAGGUUACGCCAGCAGAGUGGAGAGGAAGGGGCUUGUUAUGGUGUCCAAAUCCUCCACGCUUGCGGACACUCCCAAACAUGCUGCACCUCGACGCACAAGCACUCAGAAAGCACAGAGGACACCUGAGUACAUCAACAAGAUUGAGACGAUCUUUGACGACAAGCGAGGGAGGAAGAGAGUGAAGAACCAGGGAGUCUCAGUGAGAGAGGAGACCAGCGGAACAGAGAGCGACCCCGAGGACAAUGCCAAAGGGGGAUCCAGGAGAUCAGUUUACAUCCAGUCGACACUGAGACGUCGGCCAGGCUACCGCACCUUGGAGAGAGACCUCAUCCAGCUGCAGCAGCAACAGCUUUUCCAGAUCUUUGUGGUGGUGUCGCUGAGAAAAGGCUCCCCGGGAAACACCUACUCCCCCGAAAUUACGCAACAGUUCCCUAAAAUAUUUGAGAAAUCCUCCCGGCCCUCCAGAGAGGCCGAGGAUCAGCUGAGGGUCAUUCCUAAGUUCUGCUUCCCCGACUCACUGGACUGGAAACCCUCCGCACACAUGCCGAGUGAGACGUUCUCAUUUGUCCUGACGGGAGAAGACGGCAGCCGCUGGUUUUGUUACUGCCGUAAGAUCCUGCCCAGUGGAAAAGGGAAGAGGCUUCCUGAGGUGCACUGUAUUGUCAGCAAGCUGGGCUGUUUCAACCUUUUUGCCAAGAUUCUGGAGGAGGUGGAGAGGCGCCGGGAGAUUUCCCCAGCACUGGUUUACCCUUUCAUGCGCAGCGUGAUGGAGGCCCCAUUCCCAGCCCCUGGACGCACAGUCACCGUCAAAAGCUUCCUCCCGGGUUCGGGGAAUGAGGUGCUCACUCUGUGUCGGCCAGUCGACUCCAGGUUGGAGCACGUGGACUUCGACAGUCUGCUGCAGUGCCUCAGUGUCGGGAAACUCCUGCAGGUGUUUGCCUCCCUGCUGCUUGAGAGGAGGGUCAUCUUCAUCGCCGACAAACUCAGCGUGUUGUCUCGCUGUAGCCACGCCGUCCUGGCGCUGCUGUACCCGUUCACCUGGCAGCACACUUUUGUGCCCGUGCUACCAGCCAGCAUGCUCGACAUCAGCUGCUCCCCGACGCCGUUCCUCAUUGGGGUGCUGGCACCCUGCCUGCCGCAGCUGCUGGAGCUCCCGAUUGAGGAGGUGCUCAUAGUGGAUCUGUGUGCAGACAAGUUUGUCGUUCAGCUGGGCGAUGAAGACUGCAUCCUGCCCAGCAAACUGCAGGCAGCGCUGCAGCAGAUCCUGGAGGAGAGGGCCGAGAUCCUGGGGCAGGAGGAUGGACACGGAUGCGGAGGCCAGCAGCCGGACCUGAGCUCCCUGGUGUCGGAGGGUUUCGUGCGGCUCUUUGUGGAGCUGGUGGGCCACUAUCCUCUCCACAUGGUCGAGUCCUCCAGCGGGAGCAGGGAGCUGCAGCGCGACAGCUUCCGCAAGUCUCACCCCUCCCGCGGCGUUCGCCAGUUCCUGCAGCUCUUCAUGGACACCCAGAUGUUUGCUGGCUUCAUUCAAGACAAAGAGCUGCGCAAGGGCGGAGCAAGAGGUCUCUUUGAAGUCAGAGUGGUCGAGUAUCUGGAUUCGUACCCUGAGCCGGAGCCGAGCGGCGUGAACAAGUUUCUGAAAGGACUGGGAAACAAGAUGAAGCUCCUCCAGAUCAAAUGAGAAUAAGACCGACACCCGGGCCUUAAAUCGAAAGACUGUGUAACACUUUUUGUUGCUGCUGGACUGACCGAGGAAACGAAUGUGGAUCCCACUCUUGCGUCUGGAUGUGAACGGGGCGGUGAAGAGUUGGGACAUGAGAGGACCGUGUAUGUAUGUUUGAGAGUAGUGCACUUCUCCUUGGAUGAAAACUGGAAAACACACUAGCGUUGUUUUUUGAAACCAUGAGGACAAGGCGUUGUGUCCUCGGGAAACAAAAGAAAAACAUCCAGCAAAUCAUCUGCAGUAGUGGCCUGUCUGUCUGUGUGUGUGUGUGUGUGUGUGUGUGUGUGUGUGUGUGUGUGUGUGUGUGUGUGUGUGUGUGUGUGUGUGUGUGUGUGUGUGUGUGUGUGUGUGUGUGUGUGUGUGUGUGUGUGUGUGUGUGUGUGUGUGUGUGUGUGCGCGCGUGUGCCCGUGCGUACCUAUUUGCUCUUUGUUUUUGAAUGAAAUCGUUGUUUACUUGGGAAAAAAGGUUCCACAUUCAGAAUCAGUUCUGCUGCACAGAGUCCAUUUUUACAGUAAAUGCAACUUCGAUGUUGCGUUUCAAUCUUGUAAGUACUUAACUGAAAAUACUGUGUAUGGUUCUAACCUGACGCGUGUUUUUAUACGUUUUAAUGUUAAAUUCUGUCUUUGCAUUCCUCUCAGCGCAAACUGUAAAAAAAAAAACCUUUUUGUUACUGUUUGCAUUUGUGUACAGUUCAGAUUAAGUGGAGGUUUAUUAACUCCCAUCAGAGCAUUUCAAAGGUUAAACCUCAUCUAACAAAAUGUCUGUUUGGAGCCUUUGUCUUUGCCCCCGACUUUCUCCCUGUUAACUGGAGUUGUAAAUAUGUUUUUUUUCCUUUUUUUUUAUUUUUACAUUUUGCACAUGUUGAGAACCAGUGUAUAGUAUUUGGAAUAUUUUUGUAUUAAAGCAUGACAUGUCCGACAUACAUUUGAAAUAAAUGGCUUCCCAAGGACAGUAA